AUGUUUUCCCGCAUCGCCACCCGCGCCCCCCGUGCUUUCGUCCGCUACAACUCCUCCAGCAGCACCAGCAGCACAGCACGCAUCAUUAAUAUGGCCGGGCAGGUCGAGAAGCCGAGUGUCCUCGAAGCCUCGGUGCCUGUCAUGUGGGCUAUUUGCGGCGCGCUGACGUACACGGCGUGGAAUCGCAUGGAGGGGCGUAAGGGGGAUGAGGUGGAGAGGUUGAUCAUUGUUUGA